UAAUAAACACGGAAGUUAGUACACAGCCGGUGCAUGACGUCACGACAGGAGCAGCCACCGAGCUUGGACAUGACGACCGCAUUUAUGAACACCAUUCACUUACCGUCGACGUACAACCCGACUACCGUUAGCCUCACGUUAGCCUUGACGUCACUACAAUGACUAGGCGGACGUGUACUCCGUGGACUGUUGGACGUGAUGCUACGUGAGCUCGCAACCUGAGCUAACCUGCAGGGGGAGACAAAGCAGCAGCAUCAGACUGGAGACGUGCUCUCACUCUCAUGAAACAUGAGGCGAUCUGUCCGAGGUCGAUCACAGGAAGAAAAUCCUGAAAAUGACCUGCAAAAAUUGAAGCUCCAAUAUCGUCAAGCUGUAAAAGACAAACAGGCAUACGAUGACAAAAUUGAAGCACUCCUCCAGAAAGACAGCAGGGAGAUCCAAAGGCUCCAGACUGAACAUGACGAAAUGCAACACAUCCUCACCGUCGCUCAGAGUAAUUCCAACCAAAAGAAAGAAGUCAAUGCUACGUCAGAUCUUAAUAGUCUUUUGAACAAUGAGGAGAAGAUUGAGGAAGAGCUACAGUUGAAUAAAGUCAAACUAGGGGUUUUCAAAAAGGAGAUUGAAAUAUGGGAGAGGAAGCUGGUCGCACAGAGGGGGCUGACUGCACCGCAUAAUGCAAAAUGUGAAGACACUUCCAUCAAGGAUAUCUUGUCGAAAGAGGACAAACUAUACAAGGGUCAUAUAUGCUUCAAUGAGCUGAUGAUUAGGAAUGGCCAGUUAAAGCAGGAAAUAGAUACGCUGGAGAUGCAAAAGAGCGAGUUCCUGCAAAUUCAGCUUCAGCUGAGGAAGGAGUUGCAAGCCCUCCGCAAGGAAAUUUCUGACUUGAGCGCUAUGUGUACUAAAGCCAACAACGCCAGCGUUAUAAUCCAGGUAAAACAGAAGAAGCUGAAGGAACAAAAGGCUCAGUUUGAAGCUCAGUACACUCAGACAACAACCAACUUGGAGCAUGAAAUCGCCAUACACUGCAAUCUUGAGGUUAUGGUCAAUGUCAAGAAUGCUGGUGAUGAGGGCUCCGACCGUGAAAAAGAGGAUCUGCUGGAGCAUCUUGAAAGGUUGACUUAUCUGGAAGAUACCAUCAGGAAAAUCUUGAUAGAGACGGGAGAGAGUGACCUGGACACAUUGAUGGAAAACUUUUUAGCAUUGGAGGAGGAGAACUAUUCCUUACUGAGCUACGUCAACUCUCAGCACUGGCAUAUAGAGGACAUUAAGCAUCAGAUCGCUCAGCUUUACAAGGAGAGUGAGUUCUUUGUUACUGAGCAAAAACAGCAAGCUCAGGACCGCCAAGCUCUUCAGGCAGCCAUUUCCACCAAGCAAAAGACGAUUGAAGAGCAGCUGAGCGGCUACAAACAGCGAAUUGCUUUCCUGGAAAAGAUUGUAAAUAGGCUUAAAAAAGGUGUCCAAACAUUACUUGACAUUAGCUAUGAGAGCAGGGACAUGUCCAGCACUUUGAGCUCUUGCGACGGACCUCUGGAUGAUCAUAUGACGGCAUGCUUGAAGCUGGUGGAGGAAAAAGUCAGCGAGUUCCUGAAUCUGCAGUCCGUUAUUCUCUUCCAGGAGACCUUAACACAGUGUGACCUCGCUAGUGAUGGAUUUGGUUCCAUAGCAGAUCAAUUUCGAGGGAAGGGGAACACCCCAGCAGUCAACCUGUCUGCUGCAGCUUCAACCCCGCCCCCUGAAGAGGACAAAGCCCGAAAAGGCAGUCGUUCAGCAAGCAAAGGAGGAAAUGAGAGGAUGGCUUCCCAAGGCAGCACACAAGUGGAAAGAAAACACGAGGACUAGGUGUCUGGUGUUGUGCAUAGAACAUGCACCAACAAUGAGCUGCUCUGCAUUAGCCAUUCAUACUUGGAUAAUGGCAAAUAGUGAGGCUGGUCCUGAUGUGCAGAUGUUUCCAUGUGGACUACGGCAGUUUUCAUGCAUGUUCACUUUCAAUAUGGAUCAGAGUCAGUGUUUUACACUGAUAAACUGUUUCUCCAGAAUUGUGCUAGUAGCGAUGGCCCGUCAAAGCACAAAACUGGACUGGGAAAAAAAACCUCUGGACUUUGAAAUGAAUCUGUCAAUCUUUAAUUAACACAGUUACUUUGUGUUAUGACACUUGCAUUUAGUUUCAACUUGAAGCAGAGUGGAUGGCAAUGGAACUAAAAAUAAGUGGAUGGUUAUGAAUUCUUGGACAUGAAUAGCUUUUGAAGACCUCAAUUUAUUUUUAGUUCAACCAUUGGCUUGUAAUUACAUGGGAUGUGCAAGAUAAGAGCAACAAGACGACAGGACAGUAAAACCUCAAA